AUGAAAGCAGAGGGAGAAGAACCAGAACAAGAUACUAGUAGUAGUACAAGUACAAUGGCAAUGACACUGUCCCCCCAAGUCCAGACCUAUGUGUACAUGGUAGUGUUUUUCUUGGCCAUGAUUGGUCAUGAAGUGGCACUGGAAGCAGCCUCAGACUCUUUUUCUCAGUUGGAUGCAUUGGCCAGUGCAGUUACUUGCUUUCAGAUGAGUUUUUGUGUUUUCUUGCCAUUGAUCCUCUCCAAGGGGGAAGAUUUGGAACAUUUUCCAAAAACAAAACCAGAAAUUUUGCCCUAUGUUCGGUUGUCCCUCUUUGUCUUUGGGGCCACGGGUCUUUCCACACAGGCGGUGCGUUACGUGACUUAUCCCACCAAAGUGGUCUUCAAAAGUGCCAAACUCAUUCCCACCAUGGCAGUGGCUACUGUCUGGCAAGGGCACAAAUAUUCCAAGCUGGAAUAUCUGGCUGCAUUCUUGCUUUGUGCUGGGGCUGCUGGCUAUUCCUAUGGCAGUGGAAACAACCACAAUGACAAUGACAAUGACACUGCAUUCUCUGCGGGAGCUGCAUGGGGCAUUGCCUUGUUGAUAUCAAGCAUUAUCUGUGAUGCUGUUGUCCCCAAUUACCAAAAGUUGAUUUUGAACCAGGGAGUAGCAGCAACACAGCUCAUGAUCAAUACCAAUGCAGUGGGCACACUGGCCGUUUUGGCAUACAUGUUGCUCACAGGCCAACUCUUUGCCAUUAUUGCUACUUGCAAUGCCCACCCAAAACUUAUCCUAUAUUUGACAGGUGUGGGGAUUGGACUCUCUACUGCCGUUUGGGCAUACACCAAGCUCAUCCAGGCAACAUCCUCGGUGGUGGCAGUAGCUGUUUCUACGCUCCGCAAGGUUGCGACCAUAUUCUUGUCCUAUAUCAUCUUCCCCAAGCCGCUUCUCACUAUUCACAUUUAUGCGGGGUGUUUGGUCCUACUUGGGAUGGUUCUCAGCAGUGUGGCCAAAGAAAGAGCCACUGCGGCCAAGCAUCCACACGGCAAUAUUAUUAAUGCACAACACAAUGAUAAACCAGAGACCACAAACGGAGAAAAACACGAAGCCUAA